AUGGUUGGUGGUCAGCCCAAGGAAGUCCUCAUCGAGGCCGCCCGGGAGCGCGAAACCUUUAGAUACGACACCUGUUUUAUUCCUGCUUGCGUUCAGAACGACACCAACAACCUCAUCCCCUCGUCGCAGCUGCGAUCAUGCUUCGACCCUGCCCUGACCGCCUUUGCCCAGCUUGGUACCUUGCGCUUGGGAGCUUCACGCGCCUUGAUAUCAUUAUUCGAUAGCAAGUUUCAGUAUGUCAUCGCCGAAGCCACCCCAACCUUGCCGCUGGUUCCAAAUGCAACCACCGGAGAAGGCUCUGGUGACGACGAAAGACUGUGGCUUUGCGGCACGGCGCUACCGCGAGAUCAUGGAUUGUGCGAACAGGUGCUCCUCAAGCCCCGUACACAUAAGAAUAUCUCGUCGAAAACCCCUCUGCCUGUAUCCGUUAUAACCGAUUUGACGACAGACCCCAGGUCCUCAGAAAAGUCUCAGCACAAAGAGUGGCCUAGGCCUCGCUUUUACGCAGGUGUGCCCAUUCAAACCAACAAGGGGGUCAACAUUGGUGUGUUCUCCAUCUGGGCCGACGAACCUCGCCAGGAGCUGGACCCUGUGUCGAUGCAAGUAAUGCGGGGUCUUAGCAAAACCAUUAUUCAGCAUCUCGAUGCCAAACGAAGCGGCGAAGGACAUCGCCGCGCAGUUCGUAUGGUCCGUGGCAUGGGGAGUUUUGUCGAAGGAAAAGCAACAAUUUCUGGGGCAUCCUGGUCCCGAACUGGGUCCCAAGACGAAGACCCUUCCCUUGAGGGUGCCUUGAAUGAAAACCAACAGCAAAUACAAGACAACGAGGACGCCAGGGUAGCUACCCAAGAGAGCACUUCCGCAAGCACAUCACACACUUCUUCGCCUAUCCCCAGCCCGAAGCCACUGCCGUCCAUGCCGCACCGAAGCCGGCGUCGAUCUUUGGAUGGUUCCGGGUCAGAACGUUCUGUGACGAGCGCCUCACCUGGCGCAGACCUUUACCAGUCCGAAGUUCGGCACAUCUUUUCAAAAGCCUCUAACAUAAUCCGGGAGGCAAUCGAGGUAGAAGGUGCCGUGUUUCUAGAUGCAAGCAUCGGGUCCUUCGCUGGUCUGGCUACGAAGGCCGUCCCGUCGGGCAGCACUAGUUCAUCUGCCUCGAGUGGCGAUGAAAAAGCAAGUAAUGCGCCGGCUAUAAACAGCGACAACUCAGCAGAACCCGAUGUCCCCUGUCGUAUUCUGGCACACUCCAAUUCCAUUUCGUCAAGUAUUGACACGAGUCCGGCCCCUGGCGAUUACUCUGACGUCUCGGAAAAGUUCUUGCACAAGCUUUUGAAGAGAUAUCCGGAGGGGCGAAUCUUCUCUUUUGACGAAAAUGGCUCACUACAAACUAGCGAUUUCUCUGACGAAGAUCCCAAAGCGUUGUCACCACUAGUCGAAGAUCAAAUAUUUCAGCCCCCAGUAUCCGAACGAGCCCGCAAACGAAACCGACGGCUGCUCUCGAGACGAAAUGAAGGGAAAAUGAUCAUGUCGCUAUUUUCAGGGGCUAGAAGUGUCGCAUUGGUUCCGAUAUGGGACGGCCAGAAACAGCGCUGGUUUGCGGGCGGGUUUGUCUAUACCAAGACUCCCACUCGUGUACUAACCAUCGAGGGAGAAUUGAGCUAUCUGAAGGCUUUUGGUUCCGUAAUAAUGGCCGAAGUUUCCCGAUCCAACUCCAAAAUGGUCGACAAAGCAAAGUCCGAUCUGCUUAGCUCCCUUUCUCACGAGCUUCGCUCGCCGCUGCAUGGGAUCCUCCUAGGUAGCGAGUUGCUUCAUGAGACGACACUUGAUGCCUUCCAGGGAGACGUGCUACACUCCGUGGAAACUUGUGGCCACACCUUGCUCGAUACCAUGGAUCACUUGCUGGAUUACUCAAAGCUGGGCAACUUUCUGAGACCGACGUCGAAACAACCCAACAAAGCCCCCGAUUUCGCCGAUCGCGGGCUUCGCAGCAACGACAAGAAAUUAACCAUUGAGGCUGGAAUGAUAGCACUCGAACGCAACUGCGCAAUAGAUGUACUGUCUGAGGAGGUGAUUGAAAGCGUUUGUGCUGGUUUUAGUUUCCAACGAUUCGCUGUUGGUCAGCUUGCUGGCAGUCGCCCGUCUGAGCACGCAGAUACCGAUGCCCUUCGAAGGCUCGACGGCAUGCAGGCCCUCGAAAACAUGGCUUCUGAGAACAAUAGGACUGGAGACGCGCAACUCUUGUUGGGGGAGGUCAGUGUUACUUUUGACAUCAAUCCCGCAAUGAACUGGAGGUUCUACUCGCAGCCCGGCGCUUUGCGUCGCAUAUUGAUGAACAUAUUGGGAAACAGCCUCAAGUAUACCAGCAAAGGUUUCAUCAAUGUCAACGUUCUUCAGCUGGAUGGACCCAAUCCUAAUUCACGAGAAAUCCACAUCGUUGUCACUGAUUCUGGUAAGGGCAUAAGCGAAGACUACAUGUCCAAUCACUUGUUUUCCCCGUUUUACCAGGAAGACACCCUCUCUGCCGGCACCGGGCUUGGGUUGAGCCUCGUCAAAGAGGUCGUUCGUCGACUUGGAGGGUCAAUCCGAGUCGAGAGCAAGGCUGGUAGAGGUACGAGAGUGACCAUUAAGCUCCCCCUACAAGAGGCUGGACCACCAUCGCCCAAGACAAGCAUCCCAAAGGCCGUCAAUUUUGACGAGUUCAGGGCGCAAGUCAGUGAGUUAAAAGGGCUUCGAGCACGGUUACUUGGCUUUCCCAGCGAAUACAACGUUCCAUUAGACGAAGAUCUUUCUUCACACGUAUUAAGCGAGGGCGAGCUGAUCGCCAAUGUUUGCCGACAGUGGCUCCAGAUGCAAGUCAUUGACGAGUCCGCCCAAGGAAAGAAAGUGAUGCCCGACUGUAUCCUGUCGACGGAGCGGCAUCUUGACAGGCUUCUCUUCGAGCGACGGCAUGGAAUCGUCGCGACACCUGUUGUAAUUGUCUGCCGAAAUGCCCUCAUUGCGCGACAGUUGGCGACUUCUCCAAGAUUCACCGGGAAGCGCGUGGUCUUUGAGUUUAUUAGCCAGCCAAUUGGCCCGAGGAAACUUGCUCGAAUCCUGCUACUCAGCUUUAGGCGCUGGACGAAGUUGCAAGCUUCUGUCAUCCAGACCCCGACUGCCAUGUCUUUAGUGAGCGCCGGACAUUCAAAUGCAGAUUACGGGGACAUGUCGUGGUUGCAACAACCGACUUCCACGUCCGCAGUGAGCACAGACGCGGUUGCCGACAGGACGGAGUAUUUCGAUGCGGCAGAUAUACCACCAGAAGGGCCUUUGCGCCAAAUUCAGCAUCAGGAAAAGGCGCGUCCGAGCAUAAUGUCACUGGCGGAAAGACCUUAUCGGUCGUCGACACCUACGCCUGCCCACCCUGAAUCUGACACAUCCCCUGUAGAUGUUGAUGGAAGCUCAGACCUUUUUCUACUGGUCGACGACAACCAAAUCAACUUGAAGAUUCUAUCAUCCUACAUGAAGAAGCUGGGUCACAAGUACACCACGGCCAUGGACGGGAAACAAGCACUGGAUGCAUUUGUGGAGAGCGCGGGCAGAUACAAGUGCAUUUUCAUGGACAUAUCGAUGCCGGUGAUGGACGGUUUUGAGGCAACACGUGAAGUUCGUGUUUUUGAGACCAAGAAGAACCUUCCGCGCUGCCAGAUCUUUGCAUUGACAGGCCUGGCGUCGGCCGGUGCCCAGGAAGAGGCUUUCGCGAGCGGCAUUGACCUAUUCCUCACGAAGCCGGUCAAGUUGAAGGAGUUGAGCAAGAUAUUGGAGACGAAGGAUCUUGCAUAA